AGGGAUCCGUGAAACCAGGAAGGGUGGAUGCUGCUCCAGCUUCCUCUUUUCUCCCCUCACCUCCUAGUUAAUGGCACCAGGCCCAUUUGGGACACCACUUCGGGUUCCCCCCAAUCUCAAGGUCUCAGUCAGGUGGGAGAAGUGGAAGAAGUCUUCUUGUAGACUACUGGUUGGCAGCCCUUAUCAGAGCUAAUCUGGUUUGUUUUCAGGUAGGUAUCAGGUUUAUGAGCGGGUUUCCUUUCCUUUAAAGAUCCUCCUCCCAGCUCUUCUCUGGGUCCUUUGCCCCAAAGGACUUUGCCCUUCCUUUUGCAGCCAGGGACCGUGGCACUCUUUGCAAACGGACAGCCCCGCUGAGUCCCGCGCCAGGAGUACCCCAAGUGCCUAGCCCUCUCAGGAGGUGUCCAGCUGGAGGCAGUGUCCUAGGUGGUCACCCACAGGGAAAGCGGACACUGGGGGCUGCCAGCUGAGCAGCCCAGGUGCGUCCCCUUAGAGACGAAGCUGAUGAGUGCCAACCUGGGGCAGCCGGAGCCGAGCCGGGAACGGCGUUUGCCCGAGCCGAGGCGGAAGCCGGAGCAUUUGGGGGACGGGACCGCGGGAACCCGGAAACGCCUGGGCUGCACCGAGCUGUCGGCAGCGACGGCGGCGGGAACGGGUGGCGCUGCGGGUCAGCGGUCGCGGCGGAGCCGGCGCGCUCGGCAGCCUGGGGCACCCGGCGGAGCUGAGUCGCCGCCGCCCCCGGUGCGCGCAGCCGGAGGAGCUGCGCGGAAGGCAAAUGAAGAUAAAACAAUGUCAACCAACCUAAAAUACCUGUCCUUGGGAAUUUUGGUCUUUCAGACUACCAGUUUGGUUCUAACGAUGCGUUAUUCUAGGACUUUAAAAGAGGAGGGACCUCGUUAUCUAUCUUCUACAGCAGUGGUAGUUGCUGAACUUUUGAAGAUAAUGGCCUGCAUAUUGUUAGUCUACAAAGACAGCAAAUGUAGUGUAAGAGCCCUGAAUCGGGUACUACAUGAUGAAAUUCUUAAUAAACCUAUGGAAACGCUGAAACUUGCUAUUCCUUCAGGAAUAUAUACUCUGCAGAACAAUUUACUCUAUGUGGCACUGUCAAAUCUAGAUGCAGCUACUUACCAGGUCACGUAUCAGUUGAAAAUUCUUACAACAGCAUUAUUUUCUGUGUCUAUGCUUGGUAAAAAAUUAGGUGUGUACCAGUGGCUCUCCCUAGUAAUUUUGAUGACUGGAGUUGCUUUUGUACAGUGGCCCUCAGAUUCUCAAGAGGUUGAGUCUAAGGAACAUUCAGCUGGCUCUCAAUUUGUAGGACUCAUGGCAGUUCUUACAGCAUGUUUUUCAAGUGGCUUUGCUGGAGUUUACUUUGAGAAAAUCUUAAAAGAAACAAAACAAUCAGUGUGGAUAAGAAAUAUUCAACUUGGUUUCUUUGGGAGUAUAUUUGGAUUAAUGGGCGUAUACAUUUAUGAUGGAGAACUGGUAUCAAAGAAUGGAUUUUUCCAGGGGUAUAACCAACUGACCUGGAUAGUAGUUGUUCUUCAGGCACUUGGAGGCCUUGUUAUAGCUGCUGUUAUUAAGUAUGCGGAUAAUAUUUUAAAAGGAUUUGCAACCUCUUUAUCCAUAAUAUUAUCAACACUGAUAUCCUAUUUUUGGCUACAAGAUUUUGUGCCAACCAGUGUCUUUUUCCUUGGAGCCAUCCUUGUAAUAACAGCUACUUUCUUAUACGGUUACGAUCCCAAACCUGCAGGAAAUCUCACUAAAGCAUAGUUGCAUACUGUCUUUAACUGGUUUUCCACGAUGGUGCACUAAGAAUCUCAAUGUUGACCUUGCACAGAGAACUCCUACAGAAUCUGUGAAGAUACCAUCAUGCUGAAUUUGAUCAUGUUUAAAAAUACAAAAGUUUAAGGCUAAAAUAUGUAUAUAUGUAACACAAAACAUGGCAUCUAGAAAUCAAAACUUGAAAGUAUUUCCAGGGAUUAGAAAUAUUAGAGUAAACUUGAAAUUUGAAGUUUAAAAAGAUUAUACCUUUUUGAUUGCUGCAGAAAUAUACUAUGCACUCUUUGCAAGAGCACACAAUUCAGAUAUCAAUUUUUGCAAAUUAGAUCUAUUCUAUCAGAUAUUUUUAUCUUAUUCUUUCUGUAUAGAUAUAGCAAACCACAUAGAAAAUCAAAGUUUGAAAAUUGUAAUUACCUGUAAAUCUGUGAAAAAUAGAAGUAUGAUUUGAAAAAACAUUUUCACGUACCUUAGGUUUUUAUAUUUAUAGAAAAGUUUACUAAACAAAGAAUUGCUAAAUUUUUUGUUCAACUACAUAAAAAUGGAUAAAGUAAUAUUCUGGGUCUGAUAUGACAGAGAAUAAAAUUCAUAUUUAAAUUUAUUGUAGAGAUACACACAUCUUUUUCUCCAUAUACAUUUUAAGACCUUUUAGUGUUUCAAGACUCCUGUGCUAGUUAGUAGCCAGUGACUUUUGCAUUAAUUGAGUCUUGCCUUUAAUCUCUUAACUGCAUUUCUUUUAUAUAAAUCAGAUAAGUCCUUAGUAUUACUUUAAAUUAAAUUUGUGUAUGUAUUAAUUGCCAUUAAAGUUUUAAAAGUAAUUUAAAGGAGUUAAAUACUCAUUUAAUAAUUUAAAAUAAAAUAAUUAUUGUCUAAUAUCUCCAUUUGGAGAAUUUUGAACUAUCAAGCAUAUGUUGUAUAUAACUAGAAAAUUUUUAAAUGAAUAUUCAUUGA